GCGUGUGUGUGUGUGUGUGUGUGUGUGUGUGUGUGUGUGUGUGUGUGUGUGUGUGUGUGUGUGUGUGUGUGUGUGUGUGUGUGUGUGUGUGUGUGUUUCGGUGAGAAAGAUAUCGAGAGAGAGACAAGAGGGAGGAGACGUUGAAUGGUUUGUGGUUAUUCCAGCACUCGGGACAUGUAUCUCAUCUCCAGAGUUCUAAUGUGACUUAAUGAGCUGGCUAAUGGAGCGCUAAACCUCCAGCCUUAGAUCAGCCAUGCCUCGAAGGAUUUGCUGUACCCUUCGCAGCCCUCUACGCAUGCACACACGCACACAUGCACGUUAAACCUGCGCUAGUGGCCAGUAGUACAAAUGCACACGAGUGCAUGCACGAACAUGCACACAAAUGUCUGUUAUUAUGGAUUGAUGACUGAUCAAUGAUGACUGAAAUAGUACAGCGUGAAACCCAGAGGGUUAAGGGAUUUGCAGCCACUUUUCGAGUGUCUUCCGUUGGGCGUAGUUAAAGAAAAGAAAGAUCCAAUUUAAGUGCCAAUCUGGCACUUGACAACACAAUAGUAAAAGCUUACUAUUAAAUAAAAGUAUUGCACCCUUUUGCAAAAUUUUCAACAGAAUUGCUGGAAUGUAAAUCAAAAAUGUGGCGUCCCAUUGAUGGCCUCUUUUGUUGGCGUUGUAUCAGAGUGGAUUUUUAGAUGUAUACUUUGGCACUGAUAUGAAAGUUGAAGUGUAGCCCUGUAACAGCAGCAGAUUUAUAUUUCCCAUUAGUCUCUAAAAUGGCACAUAGCCAUGCUUCCAUGCAUUUCCUCUUCACUCAGUGCUGUGGGCACUUGAUCCAGACACAUAAAAGAUUGAAAAGCCUCAGCCAGAUGUCUGGGAAAUUAGGAGUCUCAGUAUAUAUUGGGUAGCAGAGGACCAAAUCUUCAACUCAGAGCUUCGUGGUAUAUUCUAUCGCGUGAUAAUACAUCGCAGGAGUCAGCUGUCGGAUAGAGGAGAGUUAAAAUGUUUCUUUUUCGUAAUAGUCUGUCAGUCAGUCUUGAUUUGUACACCAGCUGAGGGCUGAGUCGGGAUGACUGGCAUUUUUAGUAAGGCAGAGUAAAUUGUUUCUCCGAGCCAAUUCAUGUCUUUUUUUUUUUUUUUUUUCAAAUUUCAAAAGCAGCAUUUUCAGGAAGGCUAUUUUUGCACAUGAUGGGUGAAGGGUUAGAGGAGGGUCAGUUCUGAUUAUAAACAAGACGAUAUUUUUCAACUCCUGUCGGCAAAGGAAGUCUUUAUGAGCAGAAAGCACAAAUGUAAACUUCCCAAUAUAUAAUAUGUCCCUUCACUGACUGUAUCUGCAAGGCUGGCUGUGUUUGUACCCGUGUCUGUGAUCUCGGUAAUGGAGGGUCAUCACUCAUAUAGAUCACUACAAGCAGCCUUCUGCAGCUCUUUCCCCCGGUUAGCCCCAAAGGGAAGCCCGGAGUGAAAAUCGCCCUGCCUCCUUUCUCCCUCCUCCUAGAGAAAGCAUCACACCUUCCUCCCUCUUUCUUCCCUAACCCCCCCCCCCUUUUCUUUGCUCAUGCACACAACCCUCUGUUGUCUCCAUUCAUUCACGUGGAGGAGAAGACGCUCAGCCAGGCAUAGCUUCUACAUGUUCACGUCAAGAGCAGGUGGAGAAGGGAGGAAAGAGCGAGGAGCUGUUUUUGCCAGAAAGAGAGGAGAGAAUCAGGUGCAGAUAGGGAGGGAGGGAGAGAGAAAGAGAGAGGGAGAUCUCUCAGCCUGCCUCAGAUACAGUAUUGGGUGUGUUACUGUGAGUGUGGGCACUGUAGAGAGGUGUUGUUCACCAUGGCUGGCAGCCUGUUUGGAAGGCUCUCCCUGGACGAAGAGGACUCGGCCAACUCCCUGGAGGGCCUGGAAAUCAAGCUGGGGGGAGAAGCUAUGCAUCAGGCCCUGGACACGCUGAGUGACAGCACAAGCUCCACAACUGCCAAUGACCUGGACCUCAUCUUCCUCAAGGGCAUCAUGGAGAGCCCAGUGGCCCAUGAGCAGUUUGAGGAGCCCAAGCUCGAGGCUGUGAGGGAGAACAACGUGGAGCUGGUCCAGGACAUCCUCAACGAGCUCAACCCGCUCUCAAACAGGAGCCAGGCAGUGGACGAGCUGCUCCGCAUCCUGAAGGAGCCUCACUUCCAGUCCCUCCUGGAGACCCAUGACUCUGUGGCGUCCAAAAACUACGAGACUCCUCCCCCCAGCCCCUGUUCCUUCAUGGACUCAGCCCUCAACAACCAGCCUGUUCCCCCAGACGCAGUCAGGAUGGUGGGCAUCCGAAAGGUGUCUGGCGAGCACCUGGGAGUGACGUUUCGAGUGGAGAAUGGCGAGCUGGUGAUAGCCAGGAUCCUCCACGGCGGCAUGAUUGACCAGCAGGGUCUGCUCCAUGUGGGCGACAUCAUCAAGGAGGUGAACGGCAAGGAGGUGGGCAACGACCCCAAAGUGCUCCAGGAGAUGCUGAAGGAGGCCAGUGGCAGUGUGGUGCUGAAGAUCCUGCCCAGCUACCAGGAGCCACACACACCAAGACAGGCCUUUGUGAAGUGUCACUUUGACUACGACCCAUCCCAUGAUAACCUGAUUCCCUGUAAAGAAGCAGGGCUGAGCUUCAACAGUGGAGACGUUCUGCAGAUUUUCAACCAGGAGGACCUCAAUUGGUGGCAGGCCUGUCACAUAGAGGGAGGCAGCGCAGGUCUAAUUCCAAGCCAGCUGCUUGAGGAGAAGAGGAAAGCGUUUGUGAAGAGAGAUCUGGAGCUCACUACCACAGGUCCUCUAUGUGCUGGCAUGGGUGGUAAGAAGAAAAAAAAGAUGAUGUAUUUGACUACCAAGAAUGCAGAAUUUGAUCGGCACGAGCUGCGGAUAUAUGAAGAGGUUGCCAAGGUCCCGCCCUUCAGGAGGAAGACGCUGGUUCUGAUUGGUGCGCAGGGGGUCGGCCGUCGCAGUCUGAAAAACAAGCUGCUUGUGUCGGAUCCCCAGCGGUAUGGCACCACCAUCCCCUUCACCUGCAGAAAGCCAAAGGUGGACGAGAGGGAUGGCCAAAUGUACUCCUUCAUGAACCGUAGCGAAAUGGAGUGCGACAUCAAAAAUGCUCGUUUCUUGGAGCAUGGCGAGUAUGACGGGAACCUGUAUGGCACCAAGAUCAACUCCAUACACGAGGUGAUAGACACGGGAAAGAUCUGCAUCCUGGACGUCAACCCACAGGCUCUUAAAGUCCUGCGGACGUCAGAGUUCCUGCCCUAUGUUGUCUUCAUUGAAGCCCCGGAUUUUGAGGUUCUCAAAGCUAUGAAUAAGUCCGCAAUCGAGUCAGGAGUUGUUACAAAACAGUUAACGGACUCCGAAUUAAAGAGGACGGUGGACGAGAGCGAGCGCAUUAAGCGGGCCUAUGGACAUUAUUUUGAUCUUUGCAUCGUAAACGACGGCCUGGACGCCGCGUUCCGAAGUCUACGGUCGGCACUGGACAAACUGUCAACGGAGCAGCAGUGGGUUCCUGUCAGCUGGGUCUUCUGAAAGUCCCCGAGAGCACACCAGCAGGGUGCCAGGUCCACAGGCCCAAGGUCAGAGGACGGUUUGGUAGCUCCAGAGGGGCUGUGUCCACGCAGUCAUUGCUGGUGGAGGUCUGUAGUGAAGUGUCAUGAUUCAGCGCAAAUGACCAGCCUCAUGUAGAGCGUUUUUGUACAAACUUAGUGUUCCUCUGUUGAGCCUAAUGUCAAGUUGUACUUUAUUUGUCAGAAUUGGGAUAAUUUAAUUGAUAUUUGUUCAGAAGGGUUUAGAGUUGAUUAUGAGGUUUAGUGCAAUAGUGUGAGUGAGUGUGUGUAUGUUAUCAUAGACGUGAUAAUAGACUUGGAGUAAAGAAAACGUUUGCAGACAGCAGUGCUCUAUUGAAGGAUAUUGAACUCUUUAGCCUUUCCUACUUUAUGUAGUGUAAUGUUUACAUUGGAUUGGUAGGACAGUGAAGGAAAGAUACCAAAUGUUUGUGAUAAAAACUCAAUAUUUUACCAUUUGAUCAUACAGUAUGAUUGUAUGUGCUCAUACGUGUGCUUUAUAUUAAGUCACCACUAAUUUGAAAAAUAAACAGCAAUAGAUCAUUUUAAAGAACCAUAUACGUGCAAUACAUUUACUCUACAUACUGUAUACACACUAGCAUAUUUUGCGUUGAUUUGCAGUCUCGAUUUGUUUUGUUUCCGUUUUAAUGUCGGUUACAUUUGUUUUCCUGUGUCUGGUAAACGUGUGUGGUUUUGUUUGACGGUGAGAAGACUCAGCGAAUGGAUCACAGUGUCUAACUACUGCCUGCUUGAUCCUGUUGUUGUUGUUGUUGUUGUUGUCUUUGUAGCACUGAGAACAACAACCAAAAACUGAAGAAGUAGCCUACAGUAUGCACUGAUUGUAUAAUGAAGGCAAACAAAUUACUAAACAUUACAGGUCGGACAAUUAUUGGAAGUUGUCACGUUUUUUUUUUUUUUUGUUUUUUUUUGUUGAUGUACAAAGAGUAAGAUUUUUAUCAGUGGCUUCAAAUUCACGCUUACUUUUGCCUUAACAUGGUUCAAAAGCCAAGGAAACACUGUUAUCACUGUACAUGUUCCUUAGAAUUUAGAGAAAAUAAUACUGGCAACUCAUUAAAUAUUUAUUUAACUUCCCUCAAA